AAUACGGGAGGAGUCACAGCAAAAAGUGAUUUCAAAUUAUAAUAAAGUUAACUACAAAAUAAUAACUACAAAAAAUCGGAAGUUAACUUAUUCAAAUUAAUGAAACCUUUCUUGGAAAUUGAAGCUUCUGUAGGCAGUGAAUGAUUACCAAUACAAAAUAUUUGCUGCAUUUUAGUUAACAUUUUGUUUUGUGGCUGACAAUAAUCAAAGGAUCGCACCUUAAGAGAAAAGAAAUAUACAAAUACAUCAGAUAUUUAAUUAUUUGUUAAUUAAUAGUGAAAUAAUUUGUACAACUUUAAAGGAAACUGUGACAGUUUUGAAAUCAGUUCUUACUCGAGCGUUGGAGAGUUUUAAAAAAUAUACUGAUAGUGGCCAAAAGACCCUUAAUAAAAGAGGAUAAAUCAAAUAAAAAUAAAUAUAAACCUAAUCUCAGUGAAUCCUUAAAAGUGCCUUCAAAAUGACCAAGUACAAUAGUGGCAGUGAUGAAAUGCCUGCAGGUCACAAUAUCAAGCAGGAAUACAACCACGGUUAUGGCCAGCAAUCGCAUCCUAGUUAUGGGGCUUACAACAGCUAUCAGAAUCAGCAUCAGCAUCAACACCAGCAGCAGCAUCAACAGCAGUCACAUCCUGGCCAGAAUCCCCACCAGACUCUGCAGAAUUUCUUUAGCAGAUUCAAUGCCGUCGGUGAAGGUGGCGCCGGAAACCAUGUUGCCUCUGCCUCCAUUCCCAUGGCUGGAUCGGUAUCGUCCUGCAGCUUUGGCAAUGGCAACCAUCCGGCGGAAGUGGAUAAGCAGCUGGGCAUGAAUAUGACGCCUUCACCCAUCUACACCACGGAUUAUGAUGAUGAGAAUAGUAGCCUCAGUUCGGAGGAGCAUGUCCUGGCACCGCUUGUGUGCUCCUCGGCCCAAUCCUCGCGUCCUUGUCUCACCUGGGCCUGCAAGGCGUGCAAAAAGAAAAGUGUCACCGUGGAUCGACGGAAGGCGGCCACAAUGCGGGAACGCCGGAGAUUGAGAAAGGUUAACGAGGCCUUUGAGAUCCUCAAGCGACGCACAUCAUCCAAUCCCAACCAGCGUCUGCCCAAGGUCGAGAUUUUGCGCAAUGCCAUUGAGUAUAUUGAGAGCCUGGAGGAUCUGCUGCAGGAAUCCUCGCCAAAUCGCGAUGGCGACAGCCUGGCGCCCAGUUUAAGCGGCAAGGGUUGUCAAUCCGAUUAUCUGAGCUCAUAUGCCGGCGCUUAUCUGGAAGAUAAACUAAGUUUCUACAACAAGCAUAUGGAGAAGUAUGGUCAGUUUUCAGACUUCGAGGGCAAUGCCAAUGGCUCAAGUUUGGACUGUCUAAAUCUCAUUGUUCAAAGCAUUAACAAGAGCACAACGAGUCCCAUUCAAAACAAGGCCACGCCCACUCCUGUAGAUUCCAAGACACCGCCCUCGACGGUAUCCACAGGAUCAGCCACUUCUCUGCACACAAACUUCAAACGGAAAUGCAGCACUUAACAUUAAGAUCCUUU